UCAACAAUUGCAUCAGAUAAUUCAAACUGUAUUCUACAAAGUGAGUGUAACCAAGAAACGAAUAUCAACAGUUGCGUACAUUUUGAUAUCAAUUGUUUAAUUUUUUACAAAUUAUUCGUGAAGAAACAGUAAAAAAAAUUGAAAAAGGAAAAUGUCAUUAGGACCACUAAUAUUUCGAGAUUUAUGGAGUUAUGGUUGGAUACGUCCAUUUCGAUUACUGGACCAUCAUCUUGGUAUGACUGGACAUUAUGGCCCAUUUGUAAAAAAUGCGUUAGAAAAUCUUGACAACAACGUACAUCUCAGCACCGAAAAAGAUAAGUUUGAAGUGAAAAUUGAUGUCAAACAGUUUUCACCAAAUGAAAUAACAGUUAAAACGGUAAAUGAGAAUACGAUUGUGAUUGAGGGUAAACAUGAAUCAAAAGGAGAUAAAGACGGAGAGCAAGAAUACUUAUAUAAACAUUUUUCAAGAAAAUAUGCACUGCCUUCAGGAGUUGAUAUUACAAAAAUUGUCUCAAAUUUAACUGCUGAUGGUGUACUAACCGUUUCAGCGCCAAAACUGGAGAAUGUUAAAGAAAAACAAAGCGAAAGAGUUAUACCAAUCCAACAAGUCAAGAAUGAAUCAUGAAUUUUAUAAAUGCUUAACAUUUAUCAGAUUUACAUAGUGAAUUAAAUUUAGUUUACAAAAAAAUAAUAUAUCCAUGUCUAUUAAUUAGUAAUUUUAAUU